AUGCGAUGCAGUGCUGUGAAGAAUGCCGUCACACUGCCAUUACACCUCCCUCACGCCUGUCGGUUAGCAGAAGAGAGCCCUCUGAACUUUGUCUCAACUGUGACUGCUGCUGCUUUUGUUAACGCCGCUGCUGCUGCCGCCACGGUGGUGCCUUUGCGCUCCCACCAGCCCGCCAGUGGGCUGGCAGGUGCGUGCACGUGCGCAGGUGCCAGCGCGUACGACAUGCGACCUGACCCGACCGACGAAUCAGAUCGGUCUGAGCGCGCGACCGGGUACACCUGCCUUUAUAUUUGCUACUAUUCUGCCGCCUCUAACAACUGGUAG